GUAAAUUGCAGGUGCACCUUCCUGCUUUAGCCUUUUGCUCUUUGUGCAAAUAUGCGUGAGUAGGAGCUUCGGAGAUUUCAUUUAGAAGGCCUGUUUGGAAGCACAGAGAUUUAAGCCUGCCAUUCUCCCUGGGACCAAAAGCAAAUUACAAGCAUGAUUUUUUAACGUUUCCAGUCAAUCAGUAAAACAGUGCAAAAUAUGGUGAUGUCAGGAAAUCAUUGCUCAGGUUACAAGGGUGAUCUGCUGUCUGGCCAUCAGGGAGAGCCAGUGGCCUCCAUAUGACUGUUUCUUCUUUGGGCAGACACUCAGUGGGGGAAACGUGUCUGAGGGAGCCAAAUACGGAACUGUUUUGGCAUUUACCAGCGAAAGGCUGUGUUUAUAAGUAUCUAUACCGUGUUUCAUCCUAGAGUCUCUAGGCGGCUUACAUCAGUUAAAAACUGUUAUCAGUCAUCUACACCCUAUGAGAACUCGAGAACUGUGUGACAUGCCCAGCAGGCCUUGCUUUCAAGGCAGUGGAAGAAUAUCAGAGUCAGGUUUCAGAUCGUCUCCUCUCUGGGGUGGAAUGGAAACAUUUAAGAUGCAGCCAGCUCAGUGUCCAGUUUCCUUUGAGGAGGUAGCUGUGCGUUUCACCAAGUCUGAGUGGGCACUGCUGAAUCCUGACCAGAGAGCUUUAUAUAGGGAUGUCAUGGUGGAGAAUUAUGGGAACGUGGCCUCUGUGGCGAUUCCCAAGCCUAGCCUCAUCUCUUGGCUUCAGGAAAGUGAAGCACCAUUUCCCCCAGACCCUGAAGAAGAUGAGCAGUUGGCAGGUGGGCGCUUAGGUAACAAGAAGGAUGAUGAGAAUUAUAGCAAGCAAUGUGGGGUGUAUUUUGAAACAACUAGCCGUGAAGUAAAGGAAGAGCCUUCUGGGAAUCAAGAAGAGACAGGGAGACAAAAGGAGAACAAAGGGAAUAAGUCAAGGAAUCAGUUUUUAGUUUUACAGGGUAGUAGCUUGCUCAAAAAUCCAGCCCAAGAAAAGUAUCCCAAAAGAAAGAGGAGGAAUAAACAUUCUGAAAGUGGAGAAACAUUAAGAUGUGAAUCCAGCUGUUCUUCCCAUCAAAGAAUCCAUACCAGGUAUGAAACUUAUGAGGGUUCUGAAUAUGGUAAAGUCUUCAACAAGCUCGAAAGCCUCACUUCUCAUAAGAAAAUCUAUAUGUGGGGAAAACAAUCUGAGAGUUCAGAGUUUGAAAACAGUUUUGUUUUCAGCGAAAGCCUUACUUCCCAUCAAAAAACCCACACAGAACCAAAACCAUACCAACUCUCAGAAUGCAGGAAAAAGUUCAGGGAUCACACAACCCCUGAGCAGAGAAUCCAUGCAGAGGAGAAACAAUAUAAAUGUUUGGAAUGUAGAAAGAGUUUCUGCCAGCUUGCAAAUUUCACUAUGCAUCAGAGAACACACCAAAAAGAGAAACCAUAUAAAUGCUUGGAGUGUGGAAAGAACUUCACUCAUAGAACAAGACUCACUUCCCAUGAGAGAGUCCACACAAAGGAGAAGCCACAUGCCUGCUUGGAGUGUGGAAAAAGUUUCAGUUGGAGCUCAUCCCUCACUUCCCAUCAGAGAAUCCACUCAGGGGAAAAACCAUAUAAAUGCUUUGAGUGUGGAAAGAACUUCACUUACAGUGCAGGACUCACUUCCCAUCGGAGAAUCCACUCAGGGGAGAAACCAUAUAAAUGCUUAGAGUGUGGAAAAAACUUCACUCACAGUACAGGACUCACUUCCCAUCAGAUAAUCCACACAAAGGAGAAGCCACAUGCCUGCUUGGAGUGUGGAAAAAGCUUCAGUUGGAGUUCAUCCCUUGCUUCACAUUUGAGAAUCCACUCAGGGGAGAAACCGUACCAGUGCACAGUAUGUGGGAAAUGCUUUAGUCAGAGACCACAUCUAACUUCUCACCAAAGAAUGCAUUCUGGAGAGAAACCCUAUAAAUGCCGAGUGUGUGGAAGAGGCUUCAGUCAGAGCUCACACCUGACUAUACACCAAAGAAUCCACACAGGCGAAAAGCCAUAUGAAUGCUUGGAAUGUGGAAAGAGUUUCAUUAGCAGAAGUUACCUUAGAAUACAUGAAAGAAUCCACACAGGGGAGAAGCCGUAUACAUGCCUGGAUUGUGGGAGAAGCUUCAAUCAGAGUUCAAGCCUUAGAAUGCACCAAAGAAUCCACGCAAGGGAGAACCCAUAUAAAUGCAUGGAAUGUGGAAAGAGUUUUGGCAGCAGUUCACAACUUACAUUGCACAACCGAACUCACAUGGGGUAAAUUAUUUAAAUGCCUGCAGUGUGGAAAGAAUUUCAGCAGCAAUGCAUAGCUUACAAGACAUAGGCCUUGUCCACAUGGGCCAAUAAACCCAGGCUAACCGUUUUGGGGGUGAACUUCACAUGGAUCCCAUUCCUAUCGCAAGUCCACCCUGUAUUCCUCCACCAAAACCCGCCUUUUUCAAGGAUUGCACUAUCUGCAAUUCUUUUGUUUUAACACGAGUGAGCGAACAGCGGCCGGGAAGCACUUUCAGCGACUGCGCUUCCCUCCAUUUUCCAAGGUGGCGGUUCCGUAGCCACACAGGGGCAUUAACAUGGCUUCAAAAAAACAGCACCUCCAUGCAAAGGUGCGACGACAACCUGCGUUGCUUCUGGGGCUCUGUUCGCUGCCUGCAUGGAGGCAUGUGAACACGCUGACGAGACAGCGGAUACUUUAUGCCGACUACAACCUUUUGUACUUUUGCUGUGCGGAAGGGGCCAUAAAGUCCACACUGGAGAGAGAAAAUAUAGAUGUGGGCACUGUGAAAAAUAGGUAAUGGGGUUUAGCUGAUAACUCCAUAAGGGAGUAAUAGCAUCAAAUAACCACAAUAAUUUCAUUUCUCAGAAAUGUAUCUGCAGAUGGUGGUGUAGAUUCACUCUUUCAUGUCAAACCUUGUAUGGCCCAGAACUGUAUCAUUUGUUCCCAAUGAAUGCAAUAAUUAUUUGCAUGCCUCCUAGCAUUCAACAGAAACAUCCUGGUGUAUCUUUGGACCAUUCUCUGUAAGCAAAGUUGACAACAAUUUCCAGCCCUUCUUCUGUCUUUGGAAGCAGAGAGGCUUCCAUGUCCUGUCAUAGCUGUCUGAAAUCAGCCAGUUUCCAAAUGGCUGUAAAUUGUCCUCCAGGGAUGCUGCUCAAUUAGAGAAGGAUAUAUUUGGACUCCUUGUAAUCCAGUUUUUCUGUGUCUGUCCCUUUUUAAAUAACGUAAUUCCUUUGUUUUAAGAUGUUUAAAAAUAUGUCGUAAAAUGCUUCAGCAGAAAGGUGAUUUAUAGAAGACCAAAAUGUGUAGAAAGAAAGAAA